UGCUGAUUUGGAGGUUGGACUCGUUUCCAGCAAGUAGACCUGUCAUUCCGAUUUCUUGCUGUGUCCUUUUACCGAGCAAGCUAACCAAUGUGCACCGUCUGGAAAUAUGAUAUGAAUUGUGCCUAAGCGCGAAUUUAUAACACAUUUUCAUUUACCCCUUGUUGGUAAUAGCAUUAUGUUACGAGUUGGAAGCGCAGUGGCCUGCAUGGCCUGCAGAAACCUGGUCUCCCCCAACAUGGGGGUGAGGUUCAGGAUGCCCUUACAGAAGCUGCACCCUCUGUCUCGUGCCAUCCACCACCGGUACAACGCCAGUGCCAAUCCCCCGCACCGCUCGGCAGCCCGCCACUUCACCUCCAUGUCCCGGCUGCCCAUGCAGCCCCCCAAGCCUCCCCCGGGCAGCCAUGGCGGCUGGCGCUACCAGCAGCACCGCAACUUCUGGAUGCUCCGCCUGGCCUCCAGGCUGCUCAAGCUCCGGUACAUUGUGCUGGGCUCAGCAGUGGGAGGCGGGUACACUGCUAAAAAGACCUAUGAGGAAUGGAAGGAUAUGCUGCCUGAUAUGAGUGAAUACAAUUGGGUAAUACCUGAUUUCUUCUGGGAGCUGAGUAAACACAUUGACCUAGAUAAACUAACCAAAGUGCUGCCUGAGUUAGAGGAGAUUGCCAAGCUGCUACCCGAGUUACCUGACUUCGAUAAGAUAGGAGAGAACGUCACCUUCCUCAAAAGCAUUCUCUUCACCGGUGUUGGUAGUAAAGGAGCUUCUGGUCAGAGUCUGUUGUUAGAAGCCCCUGGGGACACUCCAGUGAAAUCUGCCACAGAGGCCCCAGUCACGUCCACACCAGAGGCCAGCGGCAAGCAGUUUAAGAAGUCUUCAGACAAGGAGAAGGUGGACCAGCUUCAAGAGGAACUGCUCCGAACUCAGAUGAAGUACCAGCGCAUGCUGGAGAGACUGGAGAAGGAGAACAAGGAACUGAGGAAAGUGGUGCUGCAGAAAGAUGAGAAGGGCAUCCACCAGAGGAAGGUCAAGAAGUCUCUGAUUGACAUGUACUCUGAGGUCCUGGACAUCCUCUCAGACUUCGACUCGAACUACAACACCCAGGACCAUCUACCCAGGGUGGUGGUGGUGGGAGACCAGAGUGCAGGGAAGACCAGUGUGUUGGAGAUGAUCGCCCAGGCUAGGAUCUUCCCCCGGGGCUCUGGGGAAAUGAUGACCCGCUCUCCUGUCAAGGUGACGCUGAGCGAGGGACCUCACCAUGUGGCCAUGUUCAAGGACAGCAGUCGAGAGUUUGACCUGGGAAAAGAGGAGGACCUGGCUGCCCUGAGACAUGAGAUCGAGCUGAGGAUGAGGAAGAGUGUCAAGGAGGGACAGUCAGUCAGCCCUGAAACGAUCUCUCUGAGUGUCAAAGGACCAGGCAUCCAGAGGAUGGUACUAGUGGACCUACCAGGAGUCAUCAGUACUGUGACUGCAGGCAUGGCAGCAGACACCAAGGAGACAAUCUUCAGCAUCAGUAAGAACUACAUGCAGAACCCCAACGCCAUCAUCCUCUGUAUCCAGGAUGGGUCAGUGGAUGCAGAGCGCAGCAUCGUCACAGACCUGGUCAGUCAGAUGGACCCACAGGGGAAGAGGACCAUCUUUGUCCUGACCAAAGUAGACCUAGCAGAGAAGAACCUGGCCAGCCCUAACCGGAUUCAACAGAUUGUUGAAGGAAAGCUGUUCCCUAUGAAGGCCUUGGGCUACUUUGCUGUGGUGACCGGGAAAGGCAGUGCCGGGGAAAGCAUUGACUCCAUCAAAGACUACGAAGAGGACUUCUUCCAGAACUCUAGACUACUCAGAGACGGCAUGCUGAAGGCCCACCAGGUGACUACCAAGAACCUGAGUCUGGCUGUGUCCGACUGCUUCUGGAAGAUGGUCAGGGAGUCAGUGGAACAGCAGGCGGACGCCUUCAAAGCGUCCCGCUUCAACCUGGAAACUGAGUGGAAGAACAACUACCCCCGUCUGAGAGAGCUGGACAGGAAUGAACUCUUCGAAAAAGCCAAGAACGAAAUCUUGGACGAAGUCAUUAGCUUGAGUCAAGUGACACCGAAACACUGGGAGGCCAUCCUGCAGAAGAAGCUGUGGGAGCGUGUGUCCACCCACGUCAUCGAGAACAUCUACCUGCCUGCAGCCCAGACCAUGAACUCUGGUACCUUCAACACCACCGUGGACAUCAAGCUCAAACAGUGGACGGACAAGCAACUGCCUCACAAAGCAUUAGAGGUUGCCUGGGAGACUCUGCAGGAGGAGUUUGCCCGCUUCAUGGCUGAGUACAGAGGGAAGGACCAGGACGACAUAUUUGACAAGCUGAAGGAGGCGGUGAAGGACGAGAGCAUCAAGAGGCACAAGUGGAACGAGACAGCCAUGGACAGCCUGAGGGUGAUCCAGCACAAUACUCUGGAGGACCGCUCCAUCACAGACAAGCCCCAGUGGGACGCAGCCAUCCAGUUCAUGGAGGAGACCCUGCAGGCACGCCUCAAAGACACUGACUCUGUGAUAAAUGACAUGGCGGGUCCUGACUGGAAACAGCGCUGGAUGAGCUGGACGAACCGCUCGCCCGAACAGCACAUCCGCAACGAAACCAAAAAGGAGCUGGAGCGCCUGCUGAAACUACAUGAGGACCACACAGCCUACCUGGCCAAUGACGAGGUCACCACCGUCCGCAAGAACCUGGAGGGCCGAGGGGUAGAUGUAGAGCCUGUCCUGAUUAAGGACACGUGGCACCAGCUGUACCGACGUCACUUCCUGCAGAAGGCCCUGCAGCACUGUAACAUGUGUAGACGAGGCUUCUACUACUACCAGAGACACUUUGUUGACUCGGAGCUGGAGUGCAAUGAUGUAGUCCUGUUCUGGAGGAUUCAGAGGAUGCUGCUCAUCACAGCCAACACGCUCCGACAGCAGCUCAUCAACACAGAGGUACGGCGCCUGGAGAAGAACGUGAAGGAAGUGCUGGAGGACUUUGGCGAGGACAACGAGAGGAAGGUCCACCUUAUCACCGGACGCAGAGUACAGCUGGCAGAAGACCUUAAGAAGGUCCGUGAGAUUCAGGAGAAACUUGAAGCCUUCAUAGAAGCUCUACACAAGGAGAAGUAGAGCACCAGAAACUAUUGGAAGCAAACCUGCGGAUCACAGAAGCAAUGCACUGAUCAAAGGAAACUAAUUCCCCCCUCUGUAAAUGACUGAACACCCAGUGGAGUUUGUCGGACGGAGCCCUUAACACUGAGUCGGGUCAGGUUAACAGUGUGGCUGAGCAGAUAGUCCUUCCUCAGCUCAGAGUGGGCCCCAUGUUUUAAAGGCCCACAGUGUGUUCACCAGACGUGUCGUCCUCACACAGGAAUCCAACAACUGUCUCCUGCCUUUUUGCUCGGCUUUUCGCUUUAUCGGCACGGAAGACGAAGGGGGGGGACAAGAUUGAAGUUACACACCUCGUGACCGAUCCACCUCAUGUCGUCUCUCUCUCUCUCUCUCUCUCUCUCUCUCUCUCUCUCUCUCUCUCUCUCUCUCUCUCUCAUUGCUCCCUCGUUUCUAAUAAAUGAGGAGGUUGUAAAGGUUUUCUCUCUCGCUGCCAACUUCCUUUCCUUUGUUUGGGAAUGUGUUUCAUCGGCUUGAGCACCUGUCAGAAGUUGUGUCCCAAAUUGCACUGGUCGAAAGUAGUGCACUAUACAGGGAGUAGGAUGCCAUUUGGGAUGCAAGCAGCAUGUCUGAUGGGGUCAGUCAGUGUGAGUCUGUUACAGACAGGUGUUGGGUGUGUGCAUGGAAGGGUGAUGGGAAUUGGGACUUAUGCAUCUCUCUCUGUGCCGCUGGCAUCCACCCUCCUCUCUGUAGAUUGACUAGCUGUAAAGGAAAGAACCAUUCAGCCAGAACCAAGAACCAUUCAGCCAGAAAGAAAGGGUUCAGCCACAAAGAAAGGGUUCAGCCACAAAGAAAGGGUUCAGCCACAAAGAAAGGGUUCAGCCAGAAAGAAAGGGUUCAGCCACAAAGAAAGGGUUCAGCCACAAAGAAAGGGUUCAGCCAG